AUGCCGCCCUCAAAUAAUGAUAGAAUUUCAAAUAUCUUAGAAAAAUUAUAUUACAAUAUAACUGAUCCUGUGGCAUUUGCUGGUGCACAACCCUUAAUAAAACGUGCCAAACAUGAAGUACAGCCAAUAGACAUAAAGAAUUGGUUACAAAGUCAAGACACAUAUACACUUUAUAAGCCAGCUCGUCAAAAUUUUAAAAGAAACCAGUACAUAGUAAAUAACAUCAAUGAUAUUUGGCAAGCUGACUUAGUAGACUUACAAAGUUUGAGCAAGCACAAUGAUGGUAUGAAGUAUUUAUUGACAGUAAUUGAUAUAUUUAGUAAAAAGGCCUAUGUGGAACCUUUGAAAACAAAGAAAGCCCAAGACAUUGUUGAUGCCUUUGAGAGAAUCAUUAAACAUGAAAAAUCAAGACCACGUAAUUUACAAACGGAUAAAGGAAGUGAAUUUAUUGCUGAAGAUGUACAAACAUUUUUCAAGAAAAAUAAUAUCAAUCAUUUUACAACCCAAAACCCAGAUGUUAAAGCAGCGGUUGUUGAACGUUUCAAUAGAACUUUGAAAACUAGGAUGUGGCGUUACUUGCAUUAUACGAAUGCGUACCGUUAUAUUGAUGUUUUGAACGAUUUGGUGGAUGCAUACAACAGUUCAUAUCAUCGCACUAUACAUAUGGCUCCCAGCAAUGUGAACCCUGGUAAUAUUCUAACUGUGUAUCACAACACUUAUGGUAACUUGAGUUUAACUAAUAGAGCGCUUUAUAAGAAACCAAAAUUCAAAGUAGGAGAUUAUGUGAGACUGGUGAAAGGAAAGGGAACUUUUGAAAAAGGGUAUGAGACAAAUUUCACAGAAGAAGUGUUUAAGGUUAAAAAAGUUAUAGGCCACCCCCUUCCCACCUAUGAAAUAGAAGAUUUAAGUAGUGAACAUGUUGAUGGAAAAUUUUAUGAAGUUGAGCUACAGAAGGUUGUGUUUAAUCCAGAUGCAGAAUUUAAAAUAGAUAAAAUAUUGCGAACUAAAGGAAAAGGAACCAGUAAGCAAGUGUUUGUCAAGUGGAGAGGUUAUCCUGAUUCGUUCAACUCUUGGAUUAAUGCUAAAGAUUUAGUUAAUGUGUAA